AUACAUACAUAAUAUUACUAUGCGUACCUACGUUAUAUAUAAUAUUAUUAUCGUUUCGUGGGGGUCACGUCGUGUAAAGUGUGCGUACACGGCCAUUACGCAAGAGAAUCGCAUCAUACACAGGUGUCUGUAAUAUUAUGUCUAUACUUUACGUGUAGCUUAGGUAGGUACUAGGUAGGUAUACCUAUAUUAUGUCGUGUGCACGAUAAUCGUAUUCGGUAAGAAACUGGUUUCAAUUUACUACGCCAUCGCUGUGCAGGAGUGCACGAGGAGCGAAAAUCGUAUCAGAUCACUGCGCAGUCCAGUCCGUCCGUCUGCAAGUACCCGAGCUGCUGCUAAAAAAACACAAAGGACGAUAAAAAAAUAAUCAUGAAGUGUUUAAUAUUUGUGGUAGCUGUGGCGGCUUUGGCUACGGUUUCGGCCGACAGGAUCAAACGCGCCCCGUUGAAAGUUUCGGUUUACUAUGAAUCUCAUUGUCCGGACAGCAGAGAUUUCAUCAUGGCACAACUCCAUCCACACUUCUGUAAAGUACAGCAAUACUUGAACUUAAACUUGGUGCCUUUCGGUAAAGCAUAUAGUUCGGAUCAUGGUUUCACUUGCCAGCACGGACCUAAAGAAUGCCGUGGUAACACAAUACAUAACUGUGUGCUGAAACGCAUAGAAGAUUCUAAAGCUCAAGUAGACUAUGUGAAUUGUGCCAUGUACGAUCCGGACCAACCAGGACACAUUGAGAAAACGUGUGUCGAAGGAAGCGGUUUGAACGUUGACCAAGUGAAAAAAUGUUUUACUUCGUCAGAAGGCUACGAAAUGAUGCUCAAGGCUGAAAAGGAAACCAAAGCCAUGACACCAGGACCACUGUUUGUGCCUACAAUUGUGUUUGACGAUGAAUACAAUGAUGAUGAUCAAAAUCAAGCGUUCGUGAACUUCGAGUCGACGCUUUGCGAGAAACUAGUCAGCCAUGGACAUACAGACGUAUGCUCUAACGGUGUAAUCAUAAACACUCAAACAUGUUGAACGGUUUAUGUACCAUACUUGAUAAUAAUGAUUUUAUCGUUAAUACUUUUGCUAUUAUUAAUUAUAUUAUCAUUAUCAUUAUAUAGAUUAAGAUGAACUUUGUAUAUAAAUAAUAUAUUAUGUAUGGAUUUUGAAAUUAAUUGUUAACCUAAAAUAUUAAUUUAUCAUCACAUAUACAAAUACGAACAUCCAUAGACACGCAGUUUUUUUUGAUUAUAUCAAUACGACAAUA